AUGGAGCUAGACUUUGGACAUUUUGACGAGCGGGACAAGACAUCCCGUACCCCACGAGGCGGGCGGAUGAAUGGACUCCCCAGCCCUACCCACAGCGCCCACUGCAGCUUCUACCGCACGCGCACUCUGCAGGCCCUAACCAACGAGAAGAAGGCCAAAAAGGUGCGCUUCUACCGCAACGGGGACCGCUACUUCAAAGGCAUCGUGUAUGCUGUGGCCAGCGACCGGUUUCGCACUUUUGACGCGCUCCUGGCUGACCUCACACGCUCACUCUCUGACCACAUUAACCUGCCACAGGGGGUCCGCUUCAUCUUCACCGUGGAUGGGACUCGCAAAAUUUGCGCAUUGGAUGAGCUAGAGGAAGGUAAGUUGAUUUAGCACUAAGAAGCACCAAGCCCUUCUUUCAGGUUGAAAAUGUUAAAGUAAAUAUUGAUUAGCCUUGAUUAGAGUUUUUGGAUGUUUAUAGAAUCGACUGAAAUUCAUAUUGAUGUCAUCUUAUAGUAAACAAAAGCAAACAAGACCAUCGGCAGCUAGAUUGAUUUUACUCUUUGAUUUUGAACACCUGAAACAUGCCUAAACAUAAACAAUCAAUGAUGCACUUGGCAGUCUAAAGUCAUCAGGAUAAGAUUUUGGUCAAAAGUUUCAUCUUCAGUAUGUAGAAGACAAGAUAAGCAAAUUUGAUUUGUCCACAGGGGGCGCCAAAGGUGACACAAAUCAAAAGUUCCUAACAGGAACUUUAAGUCACUACAGAAAGAACCAAUAUGUCAAAGGCAAAAUAAAUCAAAGUUUUUUGACAGGACCGAUUUUGAAAAUAACAACCUGACUGAAGUGUUCAUUAUUAGUCUGGAUUGAGGGUUUCUUGGAGCUUCUUUUGACUGAUUGCAGGUUUUUUAUCUUGCUCUUAAAGACACUAGUAAGUUUAAGUCCCUCAGUUUUAGCUUCAGACUCCCACGGGGGUUUACACUGAGCUGUGAAGUCAGUUUGCUGCAGCUUGGCAGGAUAAAUGGUCUUUUAAUAGACAACAAUAGCAUCUAAUCCUUAUAGAAAUCUACAGCCAUUUAGUAGCCAUUCAACUGACUAACAUCUCCAUCAGCAUCUGCUGAUACAGCAGGUGGAAACCCUUUUUAGCGUUUUCCCUUUUUGUAUAAUUUUGGCCAAUUAUUCAGAAAUCAGUGUAUUUCACAUCACUUUGUGUGUUACUGGUCAGUUUGUCCUCCUGUCUGAGACGGAGUAGUACAAAUGAUGGACAGCUUCAUGAGCAGCUGCCACCAUGCCUGUUGUGUCUGCUGCAGUCUGUAUUUGGCAUCAGAGUGCUGAUGAGAAGUGGUUUAUGAGCUUACAGAUCCAUGUAGUAAUCCCAGCCAAAGAUGAUUUGGAAUCUUUUUUGGUAAAUGAAUGAAGUCCUUCUUUGGCAAAAGAUGAAAUGAGCCAUGUGUUUGUCUCACCGGGGAAUGUCAUAUUUCAAUGAAUCCUCAUCGAAGAUGCAGUAUUUGAACCUUUUAUCAAGUAGAGGGUUGGAGUAUUAAGACAAAACAAGGGGUAAAAGAAAAUGAAAAGAUGUUGAUGCUGACCUUUGAGUCCCGUUUCACCUCCUGACCCACAUAAGUUCAUGAGGCUCCUUUCCAGAACCCGGGAUGAGUUAAAGAGGGUGAGCUUGGGAUGAAGCCAGGAGAUAAACGGCAGCUUAAUUUUAGUCAAAACGAGAUCUCCAACUCUGCUCUUUGAGCUGCUUAGGCAAGAUAGGAGAGUGCGUAUGCCUCUCUUUGUGCUGUUCUACAUGUGUGUGCUUACUGUAAAGAAGGGGCAGCGCAGUCAGCACUGUGGGUGGGUGGGGGGCACUUCAUUGUGCUUCCUCUUGCGGGAUAUAAUUAAUUGCUCCAUCUCCUCUGCACUGUGUAAUCCCAUUUUGUGCCUUUGUCUUUGCAGUAAUUUCUCCACAUUUGGCCUAAUUGUUGCCUUCUGGAUUCCCCCUUUUGUCAAAAUUUCACUUUCUCUCUCCCUAUCCCUCCUUCCCUCCCCCCUGCUGCAUUUAGUCCUUACUUUAAAUCAUCCCCCAGACUGAGCCAGAGCAGCACAAUCUGCUGUACAGACUGGAGGUCGAUUAUGACGAUGAACAUGGAAGAUUGAUUCGAGGUUAGGUGGGAAGAUGAGCCAAUUUAGGAAAGUACAUCUGCAUGGAGGCUGUUGAAUAUUUUAAUACUCUGACAUAUUUGAGUAAUGGUGAGAGACGGUCCCUAAAGCUUUCCAUUAAUGUCCAACAGAGAUCCCCGACAGUUUUUUUUUUUUAUGUCUCCCUGAGGGAAAGUUGAUAUAAUGCAAGUCAAACUUAACCAAGACAUACAUGCUUUAAACUCGAAACAUAAUCAAUCUUCAAUCAGAGAAGAUGUGUCUAUAUAGCACUGCACUUAACCUUAAUGUGUGCUCCAACAUGGGUACAUAUAGUAGUAUUAAUGUUUUUAUUUACACCAAAACAUUGUCCGUCUGCAGCGUGUGGUAGAGUGAACAAAGAAAGAAAUGUUUUUUGUGAAUUGAUGUCUGUUGUCGGUGAAAUCUAAGAUGUUUCCUAUUUGAGCUGUUUAGGUUCAAAUGUUUCCUCCUGGGCACCUCUGGGACUCUCAGGUGUCAAAGCUAAGUGUGUUACAGCACACUAACCCAAUUCUUUCUUUGCGCUCUCAGGGGAAAGUUACGUUUGUGCAUCGGAGAACUUCUACAAGAAGGUCGACUACACAAAGAACGUCAACCCCAACUGGUCCGUGAAUGUAAAGGCCUCGGCUAGCCAGAAGAACAUGCAGUCCUUAGCUGCCAAGGCUGCCGGUGAGCCCAGAGAGAGCAAGGACUUUGUCCGACCCAAGCUGGUGACGGUGAUGCGCAGCGGUGUGAAGCCACGCAAGGCUGUGCGUGUCCUGCUCAAUAAGAAAACAGCGCACUCCUUUGAACAGGUGCUCACCGACAUCACAGAGGCCAUUAAACUGGAAAGCGGCGUGGUAAAGAGGAUCUACACACUGGACGGCAAACAAGUAAGUCCAGAAUUUUGCAUAAAAAAACUCCCCAACCCCCUGAAACUGCUGUCUGUAUUUGUUUAGUGGACAUGGUUCUGCAAAAUACAGGAGGUACAGUUCUGUGUGUAAGCAUAGCAACACAAUAGGAAAAUUUGUGGUCAAGUUUGAAGGAAGUUUGCUAUUCAUUUACCAACCCACGUCCAGGCAGAUAUCAGGAUCAAAGCAAGGCAGGAAACCGGAUUAUUCAUUCAGAGAUGAAACAAAUCUACAAAUAUAUCAUUGUCAGUCACCACUCUCGCUUCAAGAUGACACAGCAGAUCCAUGAGAACCUCCAGUGUCCAUGAGAAUGACCUAUGUGCACAAUGACUUUCAUUGUAUACUGUCUUUAUCUGACUUUUACUGUGAGGAAACGUACCCUCCUGUCUUGUGGUUUAGGUCAUUAGGAUCCUGCCCACCAGUGUUUGUUGUGAGGUUAGUUUUUAGGCCAGUGGCAUUUUUUCAGUUCACCAGUCACUGAAAAGCUUAAAAGUCCUGGGAUGUUCUGUCUUUAUGUUUAGUGUACAAAAGGCCAAGCCCCGUAUUGUUCUGUUUGAUCACUUUGUCCUCUUUGGAGCUGUUCCGGAUGGUUCUUUUUUGGAGUUUAAUGGAGCAGAGAGAAAACCAGUCCAGAAAAGCCUUUAGAUUAACACCUUCAGGAACUUAAAACAACUUGGAAACUGAAGUUUGUGAACUUAAUCUGCUCUUUAAAGCAAUAGUCCUCACAAUUUACUGAACUUUUCACUAAUACAGCUGUUUCCUUGGUGAUGUAAUGGUAUCAUCUGCAUACAAGGAAACAGCACUAUUAAAUACUGCUACUAGAUAAUGUUACUGAUAAUCUGUGUAUGAAUAUCGGGCUCUAUCAAAUACAAAGUAUGGUAUUGUACAACUCUUUACAUAUUUUGGUCAGACAAACUUUAGCUUCUCCUCAACAGACACACUCUUAGGCAUUCACUGUAUAAAUGUCAAUCACAGAUGAGGAUGAAGUCCUUUUUUUGAGAAAUUGCUGAAGUUGCAUUUUUAAAUUGAAAAUUGUUGACAUGACUUGGUCCAUAGAUCAGAAGACGUAGAUUAAAAGAGAAAGUGUCGUAAGCCAUCUUAACCAUUCUCAGGUGUGGAGAGGGGACCCCACCAGCUCUUGCAGAUAAGCUGAAUUAAAAACGGAUGCAUGAGAGGAAAAUUGGAUUUGUAUCGACUGUCUGCAGGUAGUAAAAACCUGACAUGACACUGGAUUUUUAUUCUAUUCCCUCAUGUAAGCGUGAGACAUCAGGUCGAAUAAUGGGUGUUAAAUUUCCAAGAAUCAAAACAAAGCUCUUAAUUUUCAUGAUGAACCAACAUUUCAAGUGUAACUAGUGUUUCCCCUAUAGUGUAUUUGGCAGGGGGCCCCGCCCUGCCAAUAAUACCCCCGCCAUGCCAGCAAGAUUCUAUCCCAGAAAUGAAGUUAUUUUGAUCAAAAUGGUCUACAAAAUAUGGUUUGCACAAUUUCAGACUCUAAAGCUUGCAACUGUUUGAUUACUUCUCAGACAUGACAUAAACAUACGUCAUACGGGAUGACGUAUGUCCACCUCCUACCACCACAACCUCAAAAAAGCUAGAGGAAACACUGGUAACUUAUUACUUAUUGGCAAUGAUUGACAUCAUUUUCCUCUAGCUGGUUUGUAAAGCUGCCUAUUAAGCCAAUCUGCUGGAUUCAGUGACGAGGUUUUCCCCUUGUGAGGAACUUUCAGUUUGUGUUGAUUUUGGUGCCACCUGUGGACAAACAUUAUAAUACCUUAUAAUCUUUUUCUGAUUUUUUCGGUUAAUGUCAGUAUUAUUUUUAACAACAACAAAAAACACUCAUUAUUAAUUGGGGAAAAUUUCUGUGUAAAGUGUAGAAGAAAAAGUUAAAAAUGGACCUAUAGAAGUGUGUGCAGUUGAUCACUUGGAUUACCAGCAGUGUCAGACAUGUAAAAUAGUCUCCAUGUUGAUUGUUUUGUUUGCAUUUGUUUGGUGUCAGUUUAAGUUUGUUUCAUAAGAAGCUAAAACUCAUCACAGAAAUUUAAGUUGAUUUUUAGAUUGUAAAGAAACUUUUAUUAUUCCCAGAACUCUGUCCAGUAUUUAAGGAAGGUUUUCCUAAAUUAACAGUGAAAGUGUCCAACUGCAGCCACAGACCUUUGAAAUGAACAUAUUCACUUUCAUGCUUAAAAGGAACAUUGCACUAUUUUUCAUGUUCGAUUGUAUGAGUUACACAUCACUAGUAAGGGUAUUAGCCGCCGGUCAGCUUGGUCCCUUUACUGAGAAACUACCAGUAAAAACAGGACGCCAGGUAUGCUGCCAUUUUCAGCGGACAGGGCUGACUCUGCUUCAUAAUUUAGUUAAUUUUGAAAUACCGGCUCAAGCUUUCAUCCUGGUAGAAGUGUAUGCUCUACUCAGAAUUUGUCAGCACUUGACUUUGCCAUCACAAAGUCCAUUUGUUUUUGCACUAUAUGCAAGCCAUGCACUGGCCGGCUGUUCAGGUUAGCAGGCUUUCAGAGUCAGAAUUUAACUGAACCACAUGUUGAGUGAUCCUUUCAGCACCAACUGUGGACACACAAGGUCAACUUUACAGACAGGAAUUGGAAGAAGCACUUUCUGGUUUUCUGAUUUAACUUGAAUGUUGAAGAAAGUCUGCAACAAACGGCAGUGCUCAGUAUGACAGUGUACUCCUGUAGGUGAAUAUUGCAGACUGCAGCCUUGUAUGAUCCGUGAGUUUAUUUUUGAUUAUUUGAAGAUCUAGACGUACUCCGGCCUUCCAGUUAGCACAGAAGUCUCUCCAUUAUCCUUCAGCGUGCUUAAAAUGUACAUGUAAACCAAGAUGAGUGCUUGAGCCUACCAGAGUAGGCCUUGCCUGCAGAAAAAGAAAAUGUGCCUUGCACCUUGUUUCUGCCAGCAGUUUCUCAUUGCUGACCGGAAGGUUUUACAUUGUGGCUAAUACGCUCACUACUGACACUGUUUUACUUCAAAUUUCAGAUUUGAUUUUCCAUUACAAAGAUGACAAUCAAGUAUGAGUUUUACUUCAGACCAUUCAUAAUUUCAUACCUGUACCUCCUCUCAGUGCACACUAUAUCGACAACUAUACUUUACAGGUGCAUUUUGGUCACAGCUGUUUAUUCAGCCAAUGAAAAAGUAAUAAAAGGCGGCAGCUCUGGUGAUCCAUAUCAAAGUUCAUCAUAUGCUUGAUCUUUGCCUAAGAGCCACUCCCGAAAAAGACCUUUACUGUGUCAGCAUCUGUUCAUGGUCAGGCUUUACUGAAGCAGUAUUGAGGGAUAACCAUGACCACCAUGCAGGGCCACCUUUUUGGAGGGCUGUAAAAAAGGAGGAUGAGGUGUUCUAAUGCUCAAAAGUGCAAAUAAGACUCGAGUGAGUGGUGUGGUCAAAGACAAGCUAGAAUAUGUAUAGGGUGGUUUAUUUUAUAUAGCAAUUUCCUGUGCCGUAGAGGUGACUUCUUUGACUAAAAUCUCAAAAAGGUGCUGUAAAUGAUCUUCAAAAUAAACACAAGCACUGAUGAAUCAUUGUUGCUGACAUGGUUAUUGAAAAUUGCACACCUGUAACUAUGUGCCUAGAUCAAAUACCUGUGUCUCCUCGCUCAUGUGAAUCACAGUUUAAUUAGCAGAGGUGGGGACAUGAAGCAGGCGUGAAAGCAUAUGCGAGUAUGAGCAUGGACAUCUGUUCGUCACUCCUCUCUUUGAUAUGCUUAAAUUUUUGCUGAUUCUCCUUCGGGGACUUUUUCUGUAUUUUUCAUCACAAAUGGGCCAGGGAUUGUGCCCUGCUGAGCUCCUUUUUAUGUGUUCAUCUGUGUUUAUUUCAGCUUUAUUAAUAAGCCCUAGCUGAGUCUAACAUGUCUUAGAGUGGAGGAGGAGGAGGAGGAGGAGGAGGAGGAGGAGCGCUGAGAUGAUUGAUGGUGAAUUUGAUUUUUAAUGCUAUGCCCCGGCGUGGUGCAGUCUGGCUGCCCCAGGUCUUAGACUAGUGUUCCUCCAGAAGCACUUGCUGAAUGCUGUGAUCUCUUUAAGAAUUAAAUGCACCUUUUAUAUUGUGGUCCUCUUAAUCAAGUUUCCUUUUCCCCCUGUCUUUACUAUUACCCUUUUUGCUAUCCAUCAUUGUUAACGUUGUAAACCACAAAUUAAGUUUAUCUUUCACCUUGUGCUGACCUUCUUAAUUGGAGUCUGUUGAUUAUACCGUCACCACUGUGGAUAUAGAUGAAUUGUUUCAUGAUUAGUGUCUGCGGUUUCCAAACUCCUGGGACUCCCAGUAUGCAUUGCACUGCACAAAGUAGUGGUAAUUGCUGCACACAUUAUUGCAGUGUCUUUGUGUGCAGGCACACUGCAGCUGCUGCGUGGUGGAGGUGAUAUGGUAGAGGCAGUAUUGAUGCAGUGCCCGCCCCUCCCUCCCUGACUCUGCGCCGAUCCUCCUCUUCCCAUUCCUUUGCGAUAGAUAGCUGCUGGGACUGGUUGCUAGGAGACCACAUCCUAGGCACAAAGAGAGCCCAGCUGGUGUGGACCAGUCUGUCAGAAACCACAUCCUGUAUGUAGUGGGUGUGAGAGUUUACUAUCAAUGCAAGGCUUUGGUCUGAAAAUCUCACGUCAGGAUAUUCAUUACCUGUGUUAUCUCUCUUGGUUCAAAAUCACACAGAAAAUUACAGAAUUACAAUCUCAAAGUCUCAGUUUCGGCAGAAAAUAUGAUUCAGGUUGUCCUUUUUUAGCGUUUUUGCUCUGUCUGAUUGAUCUCAAUUGUCCUUUUUGUCUGUAGCUCUGUGUAGACUGUAAAGGCUGCCUGCUCUCCCCUCUUUGUCAGCGUUGUGAACAAAAUCACUCCCAUUUUCUCCUCAAAUGCUGCUGCUUUUCACUUCAAUCGGAAAGGGUGGGGCCAGUUGAUUCAGGAAUCAUUUUCCAUUCUAGGAGCAAAUUAGGAUCAUUUUGUUUUUAGCAGAUGGGUAAUAAUUACUCCCUGUGUGUUAAAAAAAAUCUUGAUUUGCCUUGACUGCUCCUAAUGUCUACAUUAAACCAGAGGGAGUUUAUUUAAUUGCUGGCAGCCAUUUUGUAGUCAUUCUUUCUGCUGAAGGUGUCUGCAGAGGAGAAUUGUCCUGAUUUGCAUUGGAGAUCCAGUGCUUGUUUAUCCGAAUUGCACUCUUUCGAGAUUUUACGCCUAAUAGAUGCCUAAUCCAAAUGCCAUUUGUGGAACACGUUGAAGGUGGUGGUUCUGUAGUUUAUCCGCAUGAAUUGUCAUGAGAAGUCUGCAGUAUUUCAGUGGGAGGAUUAACAGGUUUGAGUGCCCACUAUUCUGCCCUGAGGUUGCCAUAAGUGUUUUUUUAUUACCUGGAAAGAGCCACAAAAGCAAAAGAGUGGAUGCUUCAUGCACAAGGUCACACACUGUUGUUGUCGAGGAACAAAAGGUUCCAGUUUCCCGUUAAAGUUGAUAACUCAUUGUCAGGGAUGAUUUGCUGAAAAGGAUACGGAUGCAGACAUUGGUCUAGGGCUUCAUAAGGACUAAAAUACACCCAUAAUGGGGAAGAAAAUCCUGCUUUUUCCUGCGUUAUCAGUGCUCUCGCAGUCCGCCUGCUCUUAGCCAUGCUGCAGAAGCAGUUGUCAUGGCAAUAAGCUCUGCCGUGAUGGAGCCUGUGUGUGACAAUGGUUGUAAUACGCUGAGUGUGCUCUUUACACAGGGUCUUACCUGCUUGCUCUCUGCUCCUUACCCUUCAACACAGCUCACUGCAGCCACAUUUCACCCACACACACACACCCCUCCACCCACCCACAGUGUGAAACGGAGGCAGACAAUCAGGCUGACAGAGGGGCGUGGUCCCUCGUCAUGAAGCAUCUUGAGGAAACAUGGUAGUCUGUGUGUAUCGUCUGUGCUUAAAUCCCCUCACAACCCCCUGUCUGUGCCACAUCAACAAGUGAGCAUGACCUGAGGGGGUAGAAAAAAGGAGGAAGCACAGUUUAAUAAUGCUAGGGCCACAUCAGUCAGCCAAAUGGAAACGCUGCUUCCCUCAAGGUUGAGGAGGGGUGGGGUUAAAACAACAUCAUGCACCAGCUGCUCCCCAUGACUGUGCAGAUAUAUUCCUGCCUAAGUGGCUCAUCUGUGCUACAAAUGCAUCCAGAGCACCUCGAGAACAGACACUGUGCCAGAGCACAGAGGUCACACAUGGGUCAAAAAGGCAACUUGCAGUACCAGACUUAACUGUCCUGGGAGAAUUACUGAAAAACGUUCACUGGUACUCGCAUGGUGUCUCUAUGUUUUAAUUCAAUAAAUUUGAUUGAUAUGUUCUGUGAUUAUGCCCUUCAUGGGUUAUGAUGCUUUUGGCUUUAUAUGGACAGAGGGUACAUUUUAAAAAUAUUUCUUUAUCUGCCUAUUUUGUCUCGUCCAGAGGAAAGACAAAGUCUGGCAUCACAAAUGGAUUUUAAUCUGUUCAAUUAAUUUCCUUUUUCCAGGAGGGCAUUAGCAAGGUCUGCAUGUGGAAGUGCCUCUCAGAGCAACGCACACAGUAACAGAAAAUGAACACAGACAGCAAAGGAAAAAAAAGAAAAGCAUUUUUUCUUCGAUCGAUGCUGUAUGUGCAGUUUUGAUGGAAACACAACACACCAUUUGUUAAAACGUGGCAGUAGAUUCCCAGAUGUUGGAAACUGCUAUCUUAGUUGUUAAUAAAAAGGCAGAAGCAGCGCCCCUGUGUUGUUGAAGGACCUGCCGCAUUUUUAAACAAAGGACUAUAAUAGGUCCGGUAUAUCAGAGAACUCGGGGAAAUUGCUUGACAGUGAUUCCAGACUACUUGUAGGCAAGAAUGGACAUGAGCUGGCUGAUGGGUCUGGCAACAACAGCCGAGGAAAGUUGUGCUUUUUAUCAAACAAAAUAUCACUUCAGUCUUUGCUUUACCUCUGCCUGUUGACACUGUGGCAAAAGAUUUGUUUUUUCUCAUUAGUUAAAGUUAAUCAACAUGGAAGAUGGUUUGCUCUUGUUAAGAAAGGGCAAAAAUUGGAGUAGGAAGGGAUGUAAGUCAGUACGUUCACGUGUUUAAAAAAACAAACAAAAAAAAAAAAAAACGAUUUAUUGCCCUAAACUGGACUUUUAAAAACAUAAACAUCUCAGUCUGACCGUAGCGGUACUAAAUUGAAUAUCUCAUAGUCAGAAUAACAUACCUGGAUAAUACAUUUGGGGAUCAAUUUUCUGUCUGCUCAAUCAAACUGAAACUGUUCAAAGUGUUAUUCGCCUGCUACAGUGUUUGUACGCCAGGCUCUGAGUCUGCGGAUGAACAGCGUGGAUGUGUUGCUAGGAAACCAGGUUGCCAAACAGAAUCUUGACAGACAGUAAUGAUACAGAAAAGGACAUUUAAGGAUGAAACUCUCCUAUCAUACAAACUGAACUGUGCAUGUUGCACAUAUAGAUAAACUAAAGCACAAUGAUCACAGUCAUAAAUGGAUCAAGCAGAACCUGUACAACCAGGUGUGUGUGUACCUCAAAAGUAUCCAGUAAGACCAGGUCCUUAGGUUUCAGAUCUUUUUGUACCAACACCCAUCAAAGGGUCCCAGUUUAGAGCUGAAUUUGUGUUACCCUCUUCAAGGACUAUCACCUCUGUACAUGUGGCAAGUGACUAACUUAGUGAACCUUGUCAGGGUAUUUUUAAUAUUACUUUUACUUUAUUUAAAUUAUGGCCAUCUUUGAGCAUGGGUGGAAGGAGAAGUCAACAUUGAUAGAGUUUGUGGAGAAGACCUUAACUGGGUGCUGUGGUCUUUUUUUUUAUAUAUCAGUUCAGAAAAAAGGAUUUCACUAUGAAUGAAAAUGUAAGGUACAGAGUUAAUACGACCCCGUGAGAAUCCUGACUAGAAUAUACCGUUAGGCCAUCAAACACGGUAUUGGAGGGACAAUUAUUCAGCCGUAAAAUAAAUAAUCUAUAGAUCAAUUCAAUGAUCUUUAAAUCAAUAAGCAGUUUUGCGUUCAACCUGUUCACCUUGUCAGGGUUUUAAACCAUAUAACCACCUGCUCACUUUACAUCAGCUCUUAUGUGACCAAACUUGUUGCUUGUGCUUUUUUUCUCCUGCUUUUGUUGGUCAUAAUGAGGCUUUAGUUUUUUAAUAGUUGGUUUCUUCUUAAGCUUUUUUGUCCUGGACUGUUGCCUCAGAUGCAGACACCCUGACACCAGCUUUUAGCUGUGACAUUUUUUUCUUCUCUUUUGUAUUGUCUGCGAAACCCUCAGUUGAAAUGGACAAAAUGGAGACUGUGUAUAUUUUGAAGGAAUCUUCCUCUCGGUGCAGAGGAGCAGAUAUUGAUCAGGUCUGUUUGCCUGUGAAGGAAACCGUGUAGGAGUGUCCCUAUGGGCUGCCUAGCAAUGGCUUACCAGCUCUUUCUCAGCUUUUUUAAAUCUGUUUUAUGCCUCUCAUAUACGUAAUUUUAAAGGAAUAAUAUAUUUGAUGCAAUCUUAUCAAAUGUAAUAAUAAUCAUCUUUAUUUAUAGAUCUUUACUUGAAUGUGCUCUUCUAAAUCCUAAAAACAUUUGCUAAAAUGUGGUGAUAUUACAGUAGAAAUGGAAGCAGUGAUUUUCUUCAAGCAGAAGGCACCUCCCACAAACUCACGGCAGACUCUCACAUCAGAUAAGUGGAAUUGGUUGUACUUGAUUCUACUGAUUUGGGCCAUGUGCUGACUCAUUAUCAUCAGUGGUAAUCCGUUGAGCCAAUCAGAUCACAGCAGAGAGUGAAAACAGCAACAUCAUGAAACAGCUUUGCCUCUGCACUGGGAUCAAUUAACAUGGCUGUGCAGAGUCACAGAUGAGACGGAUAGCAGAGAGUCAUCAGUCGCUCAUUCAUUGUUACUCUGACUGUGCUGCUGAAAGGAUGAGCUGCAGACCAGCAGCUGCUUGAAGGAAACAAUAGAAGUGUGGGCUCUGGUUCCUGCUAGCUCAAAAACAGGAUCUUGGAUAUUGAUUUUGUUAUGCAAAUAAAAUUGAAAACAGACUUCAUUUAGCUGCUAUCAUCAGAUUGAGUUAUGGAUGAAGGAAACAGGAAUGAUUGCCCCCACCCAAAUCUCUGAAAUUCACUUUUGUUGACUGAAAACUUGAAGUGCUGCUUGGCCAAAAUAAUCAUCUGUGCCCAUUUUCUUAAUUAUUUUUCACAAUUUGUUGCAAAAUAUAAGAGAGAGAGGAUGAUGAUGCCAUUAUUUAUAACAUACUUUUGUUAACACUUUACAAUAACCAUCAUUUAUUCAUGGUAAAUAGUUUAUUAAUGUGUAAUCAUCAUUUAAAAACAGCAAAUAGACCAAUUAUAAAUGGCAAAAAGUUUAUUAAUGUAAGUUAAUAGUUACUUUACCAUUAACAAGUGGUUUUUAAACCAUCUAUAAACAUUACUUAGAUGGUUAUUGUAAAGUUGCAACUGAUGUUUGUACUACUUUGUAAAUGAUUAAUAAGUGGUUUAUAAACCACCAAUAAACAUUUCUUAGAUGGUUAUUGUAAAUUUAGGGUUAGAUUUUAAAAUUGUAAAAUGUACAAUUUAUUAAUGGUCUAUAUGCUAUUUAUAAAUGAUGAUUAAACAUGAUAAAAUUAAUAAAAAUAAUAAAUACAAUAAUAAUAUAAUAAUAAAAUUUCUGCUUUCCAUUUAUAAAUGGCCUAUUACCCUCUAUAAGUUAUGGUUAUUGUAAAGUGUUACCUAUAAUUUAUUAUGUUACAACUUUUUUUCUGCCAAAAGAGAUAUAAUUGUGUGUCUUUGUGUUUGGGUCAAUUCUUCCUAAGCAAAUUAAACAAAGUUGUCUGUUUUUAUGAGCAGAUCUUGAAUUGGAAUCAUUGAGCGAAGAUGCAUAAAUUGCACUGACAUGUUUGCUUCUGCGUCUCAGCAGGGAGCUCAGAGUUACAAAACACUCAAUUUCUAUAUUUACCACUUUACUGUCAUGACCUAAUGACAGCCUGGGCAUAAUUGGCCAGAGUUAGACUAAAGGAGCUCUAAAUAAUUUAGUCACUAUAGUUGGUGGAUCCCUGUGUGGCUGCUGGUGGUGUUGGUGGUUUUUUAGGGGGUCACAUGGUCCUGACAGCUGGUGAGGCAGAGAUUAGGGAUGGGCUUGGUGGGACAGAGUGGUGGGCACCUGGAGUCUGAAAGGAGCCAGUUUUUUUCUUGAAACCCCGCCCACUUUUCUGCAAAUAAACAAUUAUGUGUAACCAAUCCGACAAGGUUUUGAUCAUAUUGAAGUUGAAUGUCAUGUUGCCAGGCGGAUCUGGAUGACGCAGCUGACUGCCCUUUAAAACCUGCAUCCUGAUGGCUCACUGCAGCCUGGUUUCAAAGAGUCUCUGACAUUUCACAUGCAAUCUGAUCAAACUCUAUCAGCGUGGUAUUCAGCAACAUUUCAAAUAACUGCAGAAUAAUGUAAAAGAAAUCAUUCACAGCAGCUUUAAAUCAUUGUUAAAGGAAAGGAAUUACUGAUGGUGUCAAUCAGAGGUUUGCACAUGCAGAUUUAAGUGACUUUAGUCAAUCUGUUGAACAUUUGACACACAAUCAACAUGAUAUAUUUGUACAUGCAAAGAAGAGUCUGCAAAGAUCUGUACAGUAACUUUAAUUAUGUGGAUCCUAAGUGACCCCUGUUGGGGAUAGGAUUAGAAGGACUGCUUGGAAGGACUCAGUGUUUGGAGGAUAGUGCUUUCCAAAACAGUCCCGGAUCAUGGCAAAAUUAGAUUAUUGUGUUCCUGUUGUGGAGUCGGAGAAACCCAACUUGCGGUGUUUAUUUUUACCGUGUGAGGUAUAUCAAUAAUGCAUCCUCUUUCAGGUAGAUGAGUGGCAGACUGUGUGGCAAGACGGAGCUACUGUUGUCUGUUAGACGCCUGUAGAGAGGGCAGAGUCUUCGUCUCAAAUGGUGGUUUUGUGAGGAGAGAUUAAAGUCGCAGUCCGUGGGAUAAACACUUUAUCCCUUUAAUCAGCUCUGUUCUUAAACCUAUUAAAACAUGGACCAGUCUUUAAACUCCCAUCCCUAUCCAGUCCAUUUUCCAUUUCCUCCUCCUCUGCACUGCUCUUAGGGGAACAAGACUUCUCCUAAUGCCUCCAUCUUAUGAUUAACUGUCAGGUGCCCUUGUUGCACACAAUGGUUUGAACUACUAAGAGCAACAUGUGUCUAAUCUCUUGAUAAUGGACUCUGAAAAUAUAAAGAAUUCGCUGUGAGUGUUAGUCCCAGCUGAAAAACCAAUUAUUUCCUGAUCCCUGGAGUCAAAGCACCAUCUCUAUACCCCAGCAGAGAUCUGCCAGGCCAGGGAAUCUCAUGGUUCUCAGAGAGAGGGUACAGCUGUUGGAUGCCUCGCCAGCGAGUCACCACCGCACACUUUUAGCUUGUCUAGCAGGAUGGAGAACCAACAUGGCAGCUGCUGGGGUGCGGUGUUCCCAAAUUAUCUGCAGCUCAUAGUUUGGAUGUGUAUCACAAAGGAGGCCAUGAUGCAUCUUGACUAUUCUGGCAAACUUCCCAACAUGGGGUAAACUUUAGAGCCAUGGACCUCUCAGGACUCACAGCAUGCAGAGUCUCGAAUCGGUAAAGGUCUGCACUUUGCCAUUAUUAUCGUCUAGUCCUGCUAUUUUAGUAAACUUUGCUUUAUUUGACACAAUACAAGUCUUGACUCAACUUGAAUCUUUAGUUUAAUCCGUUCAUGAGUCUAAAUCCAAUAAUUCAAGUGAGAAAGAAUACAUUUCAAUUGGUGUUGACAGAUAAACUGGAGAUGAGUCUGAGGUAAUUUUUCACAUCAGAAGUCAUCACAUCUGCUCUGGAAAAGAAAUAACAACAAGGGGAGUAGUGCUUUUAAUUUGAAAAGCUUUAAUAGGCGUGUCUGAGCCCGUAACAAGGUCUGUAUAAUGGAGCGCAAAAGAGAAGGUGUGUCCCGCGGACAUCUGUCCACUGAGGCCAUAUUGUGUCAACAGCUGCUAUAAUGUGAAAAGACCCCGAGGAAGGAAGUUGAUUCACUUAAACAUUACGGCAAAGAUGUAACAUGAUACCUCUUUGUUUGGUCUUUCUGUGCCUUUUGUGUUUGUGUGUUUUGUUACAUGCAGCUACUGUAGCUAAAGGCAUGUUAACAUGACAAGUGAAACACAAAGACGGCCUACUAGCACCUCAGGCUGGCAAAAUCCUUUGGCUGGCUGACAGAAAGAGGAAAAAAAAAAACCUUACAUUCAUUCAGUUAACAAACGAGCUUAAGUGAAAUUAUUUACUGAGCUCAUCCUCUUUUAGGAAAUUAAAUUUGAUUUGUCUUCAAAUGUGAGCGUGUCCUCUGCACACUUUAUCAGUAACAUUUCCUCAUGCUGGUGUGCCCGUGUGGAUAACACUUCAAUUCCCUUUAAUGGGUUAUGAAUUAUAACAGCACAAACAUCUUCUUACUGUUACAUGUAAUCCUCUUAAUGCAUUGAAUGCAUCAGUUAGCAUUAAAAACUAAUAUGUUCAGCAUGCUAGCUGCUUGGCUGUGAGCAUGGAAAUCUAGAUCUGUCAAUCAUCCCACCACUUCAUCCCUGUUUGACAUAUCGAAGCUGAUGUUGUAUUUAUAUCACAUUUACAAAAGUUAUAAUCCUAAUCAUACACUGGAUAUAAAAAUAUAAACACAACACUUUUGUUUUUGCUCCCAUUUUGUUUUGCAGUUUAUGCCACCAUUUAUUCUCUGAACAGGAACAAAAUAGUUACUAGUCAGUCAUUCAGAGUUGGCUCGUUACGGCAGCUCAUGCCGCACACUACGAAGGAUGGCUAGCUAUAUUAGCACCGGCGCUAGCUAGCUCGCUAAUGAAUGUACAGUGUUGUUUGUAGCGCUACUAAAUGACGAUAACCCAGUCAGGACUUCUCUUAUCAACAGUAACAAAGUAUUCAGAGCCCAUAAGAUAAGAAUACAGACAUUAAUUCAGGGUUUUUGUAGCCCUUUACUGUAGAUGACUACUUUAUCUUCUGAACUCCACUGUAAAAUUUCUGUCAUAUCCAGAGCUAGCCAUUCUCUUUCGAUUGAAUGUUACAGAAUCACCCUUUUCUGUCUUCGCUUUUUGCAAUUCAACAAUAGAUGUCCAACUGUUUCCUGGUAACUAUGAUUCUCAUGCUUUCCUGUUCCUUAUUUGUUUAUAAUUUUAAGUGAACUGUUUAAAUCUGUGUGUCCAAAUGCCAUUCUUGAAAAGACAAAUAAAGUCAAAUUGUUAUUUCUUUUUCAGGUUACCUGCCUUCAGGAUUUCUUUGGCGAUGAUGACGUCUUCAUCGCUUGUGGACCUGAGAAAUUCCGCUACGCCCAGGAUGACUUCUCACUGGAUGAUAACGGUAACCCUGACACUGUAUUUCUUAUCAUCAUAAUGCAUUUACAAAGUACUAUGCUGUACUUAUACACAGAGUAUUUUAUCAAAUAUGACAGGAAAGAGCUGAUAAGCUUUUUGAAAUACAUUUGAUAAAUAAAACCAUGGGAUAAAUAAAACAUUGGGAAUACAGUAUGAGCAUCUAAUAUUUAUGUAGAAGCAUCAGCUAAAAACGUUAAACUAUUAUAGGUCCACAAAGAUAAAUGAACUAUUUAUCAGAAAAUUCCAGCCAAAAAUUUUGUCUUUACAUAUUGAGACGUACUUGUCAGAGUUUUCGUGCUGUUUAUUUCCACAGUUUGGUUGAAUAAAGUCUUAUUGAAUUGUACAAUGUUGGCAGUUGAUGUAAGGUGUGCUGUCAGUUCAUGUUUUGCACUUAGUGUAAUGAAUUUGGCUGAUGCCUUGGACUGAAUCAUUGAAAACACAGCAAUUAAACAUUUGUGUUUGUAUGAGUCAUGAGAUUAAAAAUAGGAGAGGAGUUUUUAUAACACACUCGCUACAUUAAUGAGUCUCCUUUACUUUCAAGUCCCAUCCAGUCAUUUUAUCAAAAACAAAAAGAGGUUUUUACAAUCUGAAUCAGAGAGUUAUUUCAAAAGAUACAGCUGCAAAUUGAGUGAGACCCUCUUCAUUUAAUAAGUGGGGAUAAGUCUUUAUUGGUUCAUAAAUGUAUUAUGUGCUAUGUGAAUAUAACAUAGAAAAGGCCACAAAGUGAAAAAUAGGAGUCUGUUAUCAGCAGCUGGCAGCAGGGAUAGAAAAAGGUAGAGGAAAAGAAGAGUCAUUAAUCUGUUUGGUGACUGGUCUAGGCCAGCUGAUCUGUUCGUGCUGAUACUGCUCAGAAGUGGGGGAGAGAAAAAUGUACAAAACCAGUCCUCUCACAUGGUCUCUGCUCCCCACAGACCUGAGAACCCUAUCUUUAAUGACCCACUUCCACCUUAUGCCCCUUCCUUGAGUCAUUCAGGAUCUAAUAGAUGUCCUUUAACUGAAGUACAGCACUGAUACAGGCUUGAAAUAUCUUUAUGUUUUCCUCCUUUCUUCUCUCUCCCCUCGAUUCCUUAUUGAAUUUUGGUUGGAUGAAAAUGCCUGUUCAUUUAUACUGAUCUGGAUUUUUGUUUUAACAUGACCCCCCCUCUGAAACUAUAAGUUAACUGCUUGAUUUAGUCUAUAAUAAGCCUGGAGCAAUUAAAGUGAAAUGGCAAUGAGACACAAGUGAGUUUGCGUCAGUGAGGGAGAGGACUUUAUCUUCAAUAUGAAGUUACAGUAUGAUGCCACAUGUGGAUGACUGAUGGCGAAAUUCUGUUGCUUUUAAGGCCAUAUACUAUAUGGUUACUUUGACGAAGUUGGAAACCGUCUAAGACACACUUGAUCAAAUGUUUUGUCUAUGCCGGAGAUGUUUUUCCUUCUUACCCUCCACAACUGUCGUCUCUUUUAAGCUUGGUUUGGCAGACCUACCAAAAUAGAAUAAAACCCCUUGUGGUUAUUUUUCCCACUCCUUAUGUUAAACACAAGUUUCUGCUGAUGGAUGUGCAGGCAGAGGAACACACACAUACCUGCGGUUCUUGUUUAUGCUGCAACAGCAUCAGAAGAAGAAGAAGAAUCCAUGAGCAGAGACUGAAGGCUAUUCCGAGCCCUCUAAGUAGACUCGACAAGCUGCCAGUCUGCAGCUUUGUCAAAGACAUAGUGGCACACCUUGCAAACAAUGGUGUGCGAAUGUGCGUCCGUAUCCACCAGUGUGUGAAGGUUACGAGAGAGAAGACAGACAUGGUGUGAUCCCAGGAGACGGAGGGAGGACAGAUAGUAUAAUUAGCAUCAAAAGUAGAAGAAAGGAAGGAUAGAGGGGGAGAGAGGAGAGACUGUGCAAACAGAGGGUGGAGAUGCAGAGGGAGGAGUAGUGAUGUCUGGAGUCUGUCUAGCCUGAUUAAUACAGUGACCCAGAAUAUAAUAUGCAUCCCUAUUAGAUCUAUACACAUUACUGUGCAUUUACAUGAAUUCACAAACAACAGUGAAAAAAGGAAAGUAAACUGGGGACAAUGAAAAUAGAAGUCAGCCUAUCUGUAUUCAGAGUACGACAUACAAACAAGACAAAGAACAUUUUUACCCUUUUUUUUUCUUUUUCUUUUUACAAAAGCAACACAUUUCUCAAAGAAGAUGUGGCCAGAACAAAAACAGUAAAUGAAAACUAGUUGGAUUUAAAUUUGAAUAAGGUAAUACCUUAUUAGAGAAUCAGUAAAGCACAUAUAGAUCUGACAAGAAAUUCAAUGCAGGCUGAAAAAAGAAGUCGCAUAUUCUGGUGAGCCUCACUGACCAGCUGUUGUGUCUUUUGGAUGAAUAUUGAUCUGCUUAACAAACCGAAGUGAAUCAACAAAAUCAAUUCUGUGUGAUUAUCUCCACACAAGAAACUUGAUGAUAUUCUGCAGGGGACAAUCCAGUGUAGGUAGGUGGUACAUUUCAUGUCAAAGACAUGUACAUGGUUUCAGUGACAUUAUUUCACAUUUUGGUUGCUGGAGAGGCGUUUCAAAGCCCAGUGAUGGCAGCUGUCACUCUGGAAAUGCUGACUCAACCCAACCCUCUAAACUAGAAACAAACGGAUUAAGCGAGGGCGGGCUCUUAUCCUUUUUACAAACAGCUACAAUGCAACCCCCCAGUCAGUCAAAUCAGCCACACCCCUAUUUAUGCAAAACUCAUGGCCUUAACGUCCAGUAGAUAGAUGAGUUAUAACCACCCUACUCCUCCUCUGCCCUUUCUUUGUACCUUAUUUAUUUAGACACACACACAAAUACGAAAAAGCAAAUGAGCUGUGCAGUUUUAAACGGUUUCUAUCAGGUUGUUAACAUGUUCAAUCCUUCUGUAAAAAUGGGCAUUUUAUUAUGGAUGUUCAGUGGGUGUCUUCAUCCAGCCCCAAAUGGACACACAAGGACACUCACACUUUAAAUGCAAAAAUGUCUCAGGGUGCAAAAGCUAUUUAGGCAAGCCAAAACGCUAUAGACGCUAUAGGACAAUCAGAUCCAGAACGAACAGACUUAAAAACAGUUUUUUUCCGUCAGCAAUAACUACCCUCAAUGCCUAAAGGAAGUGACUGAAUACCUAUUUACUCAUUUACUUUAUUUAUUCGGAACUUAUUUAUUUAUUUAGAACUGCUAUUUAUUACUGUAUUUGUUUUUAAUGAUGCACUGACUGUCUGGCACUUUUUUAAUUUCGUUGUACUGGUUACAAUGACAAUAAAGGACUAUUCUAUUCUAUUCAAAACAAUACGAAUUAGAGAGAGGCAUUUGAAUGAGAUCAAAUCAGACGUAUUAAUUGAAAAACUUCCACAUGAAAACAAAAAAUACCUCUCAGAGUUUUUUGAGUGAUAUUGUAUGAGUGUUUUGAAUAGAUGUAUAACAAAUGACUGGAGAGAAUAGACAUAUUGUAUAAUGUAGUCUCAGUAUUAUCAAGCCUGUAACAUCUAUUUAGAGAUUAAACCUAUUCUCUAAUUUUAUUGUCACAUUUUUGAAUACCUUGAAAGUUUUUCAGUGAAUAACUCUGAUGUCUCUGCUCUUGUCUCCACAGAGUGCAGGGUGAUGAAGGGGGCCAAAGCUCAACGUGGUUCAGCAAAGAGUCCCGGACAAAUCAAGCGCAGCAAGUCUCCUGCAGAGUCGAGUGAGCAACAUUAACAUUUCACCUACACUGUAACACUUUUUUUUGAGAGUACAGUCGGGGAAACUGACCUCAACUUGUUCAAUAAUUAUAAACACAGCUGCUGUUCAACAAUAGGGUUAUUUCAGACCUGGAAAUAAUGAACUCAGAUACAACUUUGAAAAUGACAGCAGGGUGAAAGUGUUAGUAACAAGAAAUAUGAAUGCAGCUCACCUUACUUUGACUUUACUUUUAAGUGAAAGGUAAGAAAAUCCUCAAUCCUCUGUGAUAGAAGAGGAUUUCAAAUACAUACACCAAUGCAUCUUCUAUUUCAUGAUUAUUUUCAACAUUAAUUAACAUUUUUUAGAUCUGAAAUCUGAAAAAAAAGACUGAAAGAGUUAAUAUACCAGUUGUUCUUGUUGUGGUCAUGUUUUGUUUGAAAAGCUCAAAUGAUCAGCUUCUUAAUCUCUCUUUAACAUUAGAUAGAAACACUCAAAGUACAGCUUUUGUUUAUCAUAAUACACCAUCCAUUUUUUUUGUCCUAAAACUGUGUGGGUUUGAUUUAACAUUGCCCAUGCAGAGUCUUUAAAAGAAGGAUAUGAAUAAAACAUGAAACCUAAACAAAGAGAGUGUAAACAGCUCCGAGCUAUUUGUUUGACAAUCAGGGAUUUUAACAUUUAAUAAUAUCCAGGAGGCAAAAAAAAAAAAAGCAUCAUAGUGUGGUGCUUACUUAAAAAGUUGCUUUCCUUUUUUAUGAAAUGCAAGUUCAUAAAGCUGCACCAUUAGCUGAACAGUUUGAGCCAUGAAAUCAAAUCAGGUGCAGGCAUGACAGAGAGAGCAUUUAAGAGACUUCAACUCUUAACACUGGAGGGGAAAAGCAUUCAAAGGAAUAUGUUCCACAUAACAGCCUCAAACUGCAUUAUGUCAGGAUUAUAUAUUUAGCUAAAGUGUAUUGUGUCUGAGCUUUUAAUACAUUACAAGAUGAUGGUAUGUUUGUAUUCUUCUAUCUUCUUCGAGUCUGCCUGAACAGAAGAAGGUGACAGAGUUCAAUCCCGGUGGGACAGAUGCAGACAUUCAGUGUUCUCAGAGGACGCAGCAGGACAUCACAGUUUAUCUUUCAUGCUGUUUUACACCGUUGGGGGGGGGGUGACUCUAGGGUCUACAGCCCUCCAGGUUCUCUGGGUCCAUCAGUGCUUUUGAAUAAUUUAUUGAUCAUUAAACAAGGACGCCUGGCCUGAAGACAGCAGAUGUUUGGCUGACAAGCUAAAAGGCAGUAAAGUGUUGAGUAUGAAAUAAGGCUGUUAUACCUGAGCGGUCAAAGAGGUGAGAGUAGAGGUAAAGCAGUGAUCGGUUAAUAAAGACAUGGAUCAUUAUCAGGCUCCCAACUUCUAGAAGAUGCUGAAAGUUUUGAUUUCAUAAAAACAAGUAGCAGUAUAGGGCUUUCAAGAGAAGGAUUUCCCCCAAUUCUCACCUGAUUUCCCCUUUUUUUUCCAGGGAUGAAGGAUUAAUUUUCAUAUUUAUGCUUUCCUAUUGAGUCUUAAAACCCAUUGUCACGAGUCUGUGCAAGGCUCAACUUAAUCUUCUGGGCUUGACUUACCAUAAAUUAAAAGCUACAAAACAACCAUAUACAUAGAAAAGCCUAAUAUUUUCAUCCAUUUACUAUGUGAAUCCUUUUCUCAAAAUGUAAAGGAUUAUCCAUGAACGUGAUGAUUUUAUCACUCAUCAGAUUUAUGGACCGGUAACUGGCAUCGAAAACUAUAAACUGCUGUGUCCUACCAUCUGUCUUUUAAAGCUUGUCUUGCUUCUGCCUGGUUAUCAGCUGUUUUAGAGACGUCUCAUUGGCCAACAGCUCAAUAAUAGAUAUAUGCAAAUAAUAAAUAAUGUAUAAAUAUACAUUUUCUGUAUAUUUCGCAGAGUCGGCUCAACAAACAUCCUGACUUUGUCUUUUAGGGUUCACUGGGUUUACUGAAAUGAGUUCAAAGUGUGUUUGGCACGGUCCUAGGACUGAAAAUGCAGUGAUCUCUGAUUCAAAAGUCACUUUGAGAUGGACUUUUAACACAAAGGAAGGAUAAAUCUUUCAAGUGUAGAAAUGGAGAGGCUGUAUCAGAGAGAAAAGGGUUACUCUGCCUCUGCUGCAGCUGAAUGUUUGCUCUCUAAAUAACCAGCUGCACUCUCUGCUCAGUAUGUGUGGGGGGAGCUGCUCAUGUUUAGAUUUUCAGAUUUUAGGACCUGAGAUUGUGAUUUCAGGUCCUCUUUAAAGUCUUCAAAAAGCUUGUUAAAUGUGCAUGUGUAUAUCCGUUAAUCUGGCUGAGUGGUUAAAUGAAGCGAGCAGCAUAAAGCUGGCUAACAACAGCUCUUUAUCCACAUAGCGUUUUUAACACCCAUUGGCUCAAAUUUACACCGACCAUCUGGUUCAUAGUCUUAAGAAUUCUUUUCAUCUCUAUACACAAAAACUCUUUGAAACCACUUUUACAUACAACUACAUCACUUUGCUCCUCUCUUAGAUAUAAACACAAUCUACUACACAGAGGGAAUCCUAGCAACAUGGCAGGACGCAGAGAGAGUGAAUAAAAUGUCACCUAACAAACAGAAACCGUGAGCGUUGCUCUGAGCUGCAGCCAAACAAGGCCACAGUUCAGGAUGACUUUUUAGCAGAGCCAAAGAAAGACAUUCAGGCUUUUCUUACACACUUUCUAAUCCACACUACUGUUUACCUCUUUCUCUCCUUUUGCCCUCCUCCUCCUCCUCCAUUAUCCCUCCCUCUCUCCUCUCCCCUCUCAGCCAACGGGACAGGCUCCAGCAGCCAGCUCUCCACCCCGAUUUCUAAGCAUUCCCCCACCUCCACCCCCAACAGUCCAGGCCUCAACAACAAGCAGAAGGUACCCGAACCGCUCUCCCUCUUCUGACCUCUCAGCUUUCAUUGAGUCUGUUUUUUUUUAUCAGUGCCAAAUCACAGUGAUGUUAUCACUUUUUCAUUUCAUUCAUCUGGACAUCUAAACCUUUAACUUUGAGCUGAGUGCUUGCUGUAAAUCUGAUCAAAAAAGAAAGUUUUGAGCCUAUUCUUGAAAUUAGUGAGGGUGUCUGCCUCCCAGAGGACUGAUAAAUGACUCUAAAGGAGAGGAAGAAAGCUUGACUUCCUACACUACUCCUGGGAACUUUUAGCAAGCUGGUAUUCAGGGAGUGCAACUUCAGGUAAUGGAGUAGUGUAGGCUCUUGAAGAUUUGAUGGUGCCUGACCAUUGAGAGCAUAGAUAGAUGGAUGGAUGGAUGGAUGGAUGGAUGGAUGGAUGGAUGGAUAGAUAAAUAGAUAGAUAGAUAGAUAGAUAGAUAGAUAGAUAGAUAGAUAGAUAGAUAGAUAGAUAGAUAGAUAGAUAGAUAGAUAGAUAGAUAGAUAGAUAGAUAGAUAGAUAGAUAGAUAGAUAGAUAGAUGGAUGGAUGGAUGGAUGGAUGGAUAGACUGUUUAAGGUGCUCAGUAAUGUGUUGGGGUAGGAGUUUAAAAAUGGACUAUACAGCAGACAGGUGUGAGUCCCUGUCUGACAUAUGUGAGUUAUUGAACAGUGCAAUAGCUUGUGGCAGGAAAUAUUUCCUGUAUCUGUCCCUUCGACAGCAGAGCUGCAACAGUCUGUUGGAGAAGGAGCUCCACUGUCUGUCCAGAGUGAGGUGGAGAGGGUUGUGAGGGUUAUCCAUGAUGGAUAACAGUUUGUUCAGUGUCCUCCUCUCCACCACAGCCUCCAAAGUGUCCUGUUUGCAUUGUAAGUGAGGAGAAGAGAUUUUUUUUACCAUUACUUUAAAAACAGUGGUUCUCAAGUCCAGUCCUCGAGCCCCCCCGUCCUGCAUGUUUUGGAUAUUUCCCUGCUCCAACACACCUGAUUCAAAUGAUCAGCUCGUUAUCAAGCUCUGGAAUGGAAUGGCUUAAUAACGAGCUAAUCAUUUGAAUCAGGUGUGGCUUGAUAACGAGCUGAUCAUUUGAAUCAGGUGUGUUGGAGCAGGGAAACAUCCAAAACAUGCAGGACAGUGGGGGGCUCGAGGACUGGACUUGAGAACCAUUGCUUUAAAAGAAGCAAGAGUAGACAAGCUGAUAUGGGAGAAAUCUCUUUUUGAAGCAUCUUUAAACUCUUACGACCUGACAGUGGGGCACUGCAGAAAUCGUUUUAAGGCAGACUGUACAUAAUCUUCUACAUUUUUCUCUGUAGGUGGGAGAAUCUUUCCUUGAAUUGUCUCGCUGUCCCCUCUUGUCUUGAAAUGCAACAAAGCAGACCCCUGAAUUUACAGAUGUGAUUUUGCCGCUGUGUUCGCAGGAACUCUACUUGCCCUUAUCUCUGGAUGAUGAUGAUUCAAUCGGCGAAUCGAUGUAG